CGAGUGGUCGGCUCAUACGAGUUUGCGCGUAACUGGCUUGCAUAUGGCGGACGAGAAAACUGAGGUUAGACUAUCGUCUGCAAAAAAUACUCAUAAUUCAGUAUUGAUUAGCUUCAGCGCUUUUUUAGGGAUGGUUGCUCACCUGGUUGCUAUCGUCUUCUGUGGUACAAUUAUAUACCAUGCUUGGCCUGGAUCUAGUCUUUUCUCAUGGCACCCAACACUUAUGUCUGUGGCUUUUGCAUUCCUGGUAUUAGAAGCAAUUAUGUUUUUCUCACCUGAGAGUACUUUAUUACCGAAGGCAAUGAGAAAAACUAAAGUCCGUUAUCACUGGAUCAAUAAUGUCACUGGACUCGUAUGUGCCUUAGCAGGUGUUAUCACAAUUGUAAGCAACAAAUACAUGAAUAACAAACCGCAUUUCACCACAUGGCAUGGGCUACUGGGUAUCAUUACUGUUGGAUAUUGUGCCAUGCAGUGUAUCGCUGGAAGUUUUAUGCUGUACCCAAAGAUGAUUUCUCAGUAUGUUAAGUUAUCGGAUCUGAAGCUCUACCAUGCUACGUCUGGAGUUAUGAUGUUUACUCUUGCUUGUGGAACAAUGGUGCUAGGAAUUUUUUCAAACUGGUUUGUCAGUCAAGCUAGUGAUACUGUUUUUUAUAUGUGUCUUUUUUGCCCAGGUAUACUUGCUUUAGUUGUUACAAAUCAGGUCACACAAGCAUACCUACCUAAGGCAUUCAAGAAAAGAUCACAGCAGAUUUGAAAUAUUCGAUAAUACAACUUUUACUGACCUAAGCAAACAUACCAUACUUGUCUGCCUUAGUGCCCGGGGUACUCCAGAAAUCAUGAUUUUUAGGGUGGUGGGAGCUUAGCCGAGCACCUCCCUCGAAAAAUUAUACAAAUGACAAUUGUAGUUCACCAUGUGCCAGAUUGAGGAGAAUUUAUCUUCUCUUUGGGGAAAAUAAAAAAUAAAAUUGCGUAA